CAGUCUGCUGUCCUGUUCAACACGUGAACGGAAACCUUCGCCCUUUUCCUCCAGCCUCUCGGUUAUUAGUUCUCUUUCUUUGCCAACUUGCUGAAGCGGCUACUGUGCGGAGAGGAGAGGAGAGGCGAGUGCAGGUCGCUGUCGUCCGUCUAUAAGCCGAUUCGUUUGUGUUUUUCAAGACCAGCUGUCCCUCCUUCCUCCCACAGCCUCAAUGGACCCCGGCGAUGACCCCUACCUCUUCACCUCUGACACGCUGCCCUCUGACCCCCGCUUCAUGGCGACGGUUGCUAACGGUUUCGUGGGCACGCGCGUGUUCGGGGACGUGAUGCACGUGGGGGGGGUGUACAGCGGGGGGGUGGGGGUCUGUCACCGUGCUGACGUGCCCUCCCCCCUGGCAGUGAGAGUGAGGCUGGACCGAGCUGAUUCCUCGGGGCUGAGGCAGCAAUACACACUGGACACACGCGCAGGCUGGUUUACUCACUCCCAGUCUUGCGAUGAUGUCACUGUCUCUCAAACAAUCUUGGCUCAUCGCUCGCACCCAAACUUGCUGGCCAUGGAGCUGAGAGUGGAGCGUCAGGUGACCCCCGGAGAGCCAAUCACAGUGCAGCUCCAGAGUUCCUUCACCCCACAAAGCUCAGACAUCGCCUUCGAACCCGGGCCGGACUAUCAGGGGGGCAGGCACAUCCACGGACACACGUUAACACCGGAGGUGCCAGGAGGACCCCAGCCCUGCGUUCACUUGAUCUGGACCCCCCCGCCCGCCUCCCUGUCCCUCCUGGCCUCGCAGAGCAGUGCAUGCUGGGUAUUCCUGACUGCGCUGGCCGACACCGCUGAGCGCGCUCAGAGCUGCUACUCUGAGGGGCUGGCUCUGAUUGGCUCGGGGGACCUCCUCCCCUCCCACCGGCGUGCGUGGGCGGAGCUCUGGGCAGGAAGCGCCGUGCAAGUGAAGAGCCCCGCCCCUCUGCAGCAGGCUGUGAUUGGCUGCCUGUACUACCUGCUGAGCUCGCUCCCUCCCCUGAAGCCGACAGACUUCCUGUUCGGUGGACUGAGCCCCGCAGGGCUGAGCAAUGGGAGGCGGGGAGAGGAUUACUGGGGGCACGUCUUCUGGGACCAGGACACCUGGAUGUACCCCCCCGUGCUGCUGUUCUACCCCGAGCUGGCUCGCACCAUCCUCAGAUACCGGAUCCACACACUCAGGGGUGCCGCACACAACGCUGCCCAGCAAGGGCUCAAGGGAGUGAAGUUUGCCUGGGAGAGUGCAGUGACAGGGCAGGAGGUUUGUCCUGAUGAGAUUUACGGGCUGCAGGAGAUUCACAUCAACGGAGACGUCUGCUUUGCCUUCCAGCAGUACCUGCACCUCACACAGGAUCUCUCCCUGUUCAGUGAGGGGGGUGGCUGGGAGGUGGUGCGAGGCAUCGCUGAGUACUGGAGCAGUAGAGUCACCUGGAACAAGGAGCAAAGCUGCUACGACAUCACCGGUGUGAUGCCUCCAGAUGAGUUCCAUGACAGUGUGAAUAACUCUGUCUACACCAAUGCCGUGGCCAAAUCCAGUCUGCAGUUUGCGGUUGACUUGGCGAUCCUGUUACAAACCCCGCCCCCUCCGCAGUGGCAGGAAAUCUCUGACAAGAUCAAGGUGCCCUUCGACCCAGAAGAGAAAUACCACCCCGAGUUUGACGGCUACCAGAAAGGAGACUCUGUGAAGCAGGCGGAUGUGGUUUUGUUGGGGUUCCCCCUGGGGUACCCCAUGAGUGCAGAGGUGCGGAGGAACGACCUGGCGCUGUACGAGCCCCUCACUGACCCCGAGGGACCGGCCAUGACCUGGGGCAUGUUUGCGGUGGGCUGGCUGGAGCUGAAGGAGCUGGCUCGAGGACAGGCGCAGCUCAGGAAGUGUUUCAACAACAUCCAGGAGCCCUUCAAGAUCUGGAGCGAGUGUGUGGAUGGGAGCGGAGCAGUGAAUUUCCUCACUGGGAUGGGCGGGUUCCUGCAGGUGGUUCUGUUCGGAUACACCGGCUUCAGGAUAAACAAGAACAGCCUGAACUUUGACCCCACUCUUCCGGAUGACAUCAGUGACCUCCGAAUCACAGGGGUGUGUUACCUUGGCAACAAGCUGGACUUCACCUUCAGUAAAGAGGGGGUGACGGUGGUACUGGCGAGGGUGUGGGGACCCCAGCACUGCGCCCUGGAACUGGUGCUGACCCAGUCUGGAAAGAGCCUCCCUCUCAACCUAGGGACCCCCGUCUCCGUUCCCGCUGAAGCUGCGCGCAUCCAGAAGCAGGCGAGCUGCUGGCCGCUGUGACGAUCCGGACUGGGAGCUGGGAAUCCCACAGGACUGGGAGCUGGGAACCCCAGGGGACUGGGAGCUGGGAACCCCAGGGGACUGGGAGCUGGGAAUCCCACGGGACUGGGAGCUGCAGCAGUGUAACGUGUGGCUAAUUAAGGUUGUGUUUAUAUACGUAUUGAUACGUUUAUAAUAAAUGAAAUCAUUGCAAAUCUA